AUGGCGACACUCACGGAAUCCGACAAGACCCAGCUUCUAACCUGGAUAAAAACUACAAAACAUCUAAAAAGAAUCUAUAAAGCCACUAUAGAUGGUCUCUCGGCAGAUGUAUUUCAUAAGAAAUGUGACAAUAAAGGAGCUACUGUAACAAUCUGUUGGAAUACUGAUGGUUGUGUUUUUGGUGGAUAUACCGCAAUAGAUUGGAAGAGCACCAACACCACAGUCCAAGAUACAUCAGCGUUUAUUUUCACCUUGUAUGGGAAAAAUAAGACUACAUAUACUAAUAAGUGGGUUCAAAGCUCUCUAGGCUCCCAAAUAAAAAUCUAUCAGUAUCCAAAGCAGGGACCAUCGUUUGGAACAUUCGUGUGCUUCAAGGACCCUACUAGUAAAACCAAUGGAGUGUUUCAGUCUAAUGGUGCUUAUAAUUCAGGCUAUGUCCCCCCAGCCACUUAUUGUAAUAAUAAUUUUAAUUACAAAGAAGUCGAAGUUUAUCAGAUAGUAGACGAAUUAGAUGUUGUAGACGAACCAUGGCGACAAGAAAUUCAAGAAAAAACUGCCACAAUCAAGAAAACUGUAGAAGAUUAUAAACCAAUACAAGGAGGCGAUGUUGACCAAUGUAGAAUUCUAAUGGUUGGAUGUGUAGGCGCCGGUAAAUCAAGUUAUUUCAAUACCAUCAAUUCUGUAUUCAGAGGUCACGUGACUAGUCAAGCUGCUGCCGGAAGUGCUGAACAUAGUUUAACCACUAAGUUUAGAAGUUAUCAAAUAAGAAAUGGGUCGAAAUAUUUGAAAUUAAGAUUAUGUGAUACACGAGGUCUGGAGGAGUCCCAAGGGGUAGAUCCUGAAGAUAUUACUGCUAUGUUAGAUGGACACAUGCCGAAUAAAUAUUCAUUUAACCCUUUUGCUGCGAUCACACCAGAAACUCCGGGAUAUAUAAAAACACCGAGUUUAAAUGAUAAAAUACAUUGUUCAGCGUUUAUUAUUGAUGGAACUUCAGUCGACGUUAUGAAUGAAUCUAUUUUAAAACAGUUUAAAAUGAUACAGAAAUUAGCCAAUCAGAGAGGAAUACCUCAAGUCAUUAUUUUAACAAAAGUUGACGAGAUUUCUCAAGAAGUGAAAGAAAAUUUGUCUAAUUUAUUUUAUUCUCGUGAAGUUGCCGAGGUGGUAGAUAAAGUUUCCCAGUUAAUAGGGCUACCAAGAGGCCAUGUUUUACCAGUUAAAAAUUACGAGAAGGAAACAGAAUUAAACGAAACGGUGGAUAGAUACGCUCUACUUUCACUUCAACAAAUGCUACGAUUUGCUGACGAUUGUUUGUAUGAUCUAUUAGACGAUUAA